UCCCACAGUGCUUCUUGAUGUAUUAUCUAACCAACAGAGGAGCUGAGAGGAAGAAGUCAAUGAGUCGGAGCGGAGUCGACCGUCCUCAUCUUUUUGUCAUUAUUCUGUUGCUUUUGAGCUUGUUUGCAGUCCAAGCGCCAGCUGUUGUUCCCUGCUUCUUGCCUCUUAUUUCUUGGUGGAAGUACCCCAGUGAUGUCCGCAUUCAACCUGCUGCAUUUGGUGACAAAGAGCCAGCCAGUAGCCCUUCGUGCUUGUGGGCUUCCCUCAGGUUCACGGAGGGAUAAAAGCAGCUGCAAAGUGGUCUUCCCAGAGCAGGAACUGCGGGAGCGACUGACAGCCCAACAAUACCAUGUGACUCAGGACAAGGGAACAGAAAGUGCCUUUACGGGAGUGUACACACUGCACAAAGAUAAAGGGACCUACAGUUGCGUGGUUUGUGGAACUCCCCUUUUUACGUCAGCAACCAAGUUUGAUUCUGGAUCAGGUUGGCCAUCUUUCUAUGAUGUGUUGGAUUCUAAAGCAAUAACACAGGUUGAUGACUUCUCCCAUGGUAUGCACAGGAUUGAGAUCAGUUGCAGCCAUUGUGGUGCACAUCUGGGACAUGUCUUUGAUGAUGGGCCUCGUCCAACCGGUAAACGGUAUUGUAUAAACUCUGCCUCAUUAUCCUUUAUACCCACGGGCCAGAGCUCAACUGAUGAAGGCACCGAUCCUGCCACAUCUGGCAAGACUGAACUCUAGGCUACAGAAGGCUGAUGGAUGGGGUUAUUACUUCACAAGCCCAAGCUCCAGGGACAAAUAUCUUCCUGCAUUUAAAGUAAUAAAAUAACAAGUUAUUUAAACACACACAAGUAAAGAUCUUCUCUACAAAAGCACAGAACUUGUUUAAAAUGAAUAUGACUAUCCUUGUAAACUUUCUUCUUGCAGGAUGUAGAUUGUAACGGAGUAAGUCAAUGUGGUUGGGUUUUUAAACUGUGGGAGUUCUACCAUAUAGCAUAGAAAAUCCAUUGUACUGUUCCAGAGCAGCAUAGCAUGGCACAGGGCAGGCAGGAAAAGCAAGGUAUUAGCAGUUUCCUCAUCAUGUAAUUUGGAGACUGCCAGGAAUGCUUGACAAUGAAAUGCAGUGGCAAGAGAAAGAAAAGUUCAAGCUUGGGUCACGCUGUCCUAAGCUGACAAAAUCAGGAAAGCUACAGGAUGUUAUAAGUCAAUGCGUUGAACAUCAGAAUUAAAAUUAUUUUUGUGAAGUGACA